CCGCUUCCGCGUAGUUCGCUGCGCCGGAGGAGGCUCGGCAGCCUGAGGAGGCACAGAGCUCGCUCUUUGUGUCCGGCGUCAGCCACUGGAAGAACAGACCAAGAUGAAUACAGAGGAAGACAUACAUGUUGGGAACCAGCCUCAACUAUCCAGGUGUUGGAAGCCCGAGAGGAAGUUUGGUGUGGUGGUGGUUGGCGUUGGCAGAGCUGGCUCUGUGCGGAUGAGGGAUUUGCGGAAUCCACAUGCUUCUUCGGCGUUCCUGAACCUAAUUGGCUUUGUGUCCAGACGAGAACUCACAAGAAUUGAUGAAGUUCAGCAGAUUUCUUUGGAAGAUGCUCUUUCUAGCCAAGAGGUUGAGGUUGCUUAUAUCUGCAGUGAAAGCUCCAGCCAUGAGAACUACAUCAGGCAGUUCCUUAAUGCUGGUAAACAUGUCCUUGUGGAAUAUCCUAUGACAUUGUCUCGGGCUGCAGCUCAGGACCUGUGGGAACUGGCUGAGCAGAAAGGAAAAGUAUUACAUGAGGAGCAUGUUGAACUAUUGAUGGAAGAGUUUGCAUUCCUUAAAAAAGAAGUGGUGGGGAAAGACCUACUGAAAGGGUCUCUUCUCUUCACAGCUGGCCCUUUGGAAGAAGAGCGGUUUGGUUUCCCCGCAUUCAGUGGUAUUUCUCGCCUGACCUGGUUGGUGUCCCUUUUUGGGGAGCUUUCUGUUGUGUCUGCUACUUUGGAAGAGCAAAAGGAGAAUCAGUAUAUGAAAAUGACUGUAUGUUUGGAGACAGAGGAUAAACGUCCAUUGACAUGGAUUGAAGAGAAAGGACCUGGCCUAAAACGAAACAGACAUUUAAGCUUCCAUUUCAAAUCUGGAUCUCUGGAGACUAUGCCAAAUGUUGGAGUCAAUAAGAAUAUUUUCCUGAAAGAUCAAAAUAUAUUUGUCCAGAAACUCUUGGGUAAAUUCUCUGAAAAGGAGCUGGCUGCCGAAAAGAAGCGCAUCCUGCACUGCCUGGGGCUUGCAGAAGAAAUCCAGAGAUACUGCUCAAAGAAGUGAGAGGAGAAAUCAACAUAGCACUUCCAAGACAAGAUCCUAGUUUCAUUUACCAUAAAUUGACCUUUGUUCUCAUAAUUAAAUUUCUGAGUGGA